CCUCUUUCCUCCCCCACUCCCUCCCUACUGCUACUACCAUUCUUCAUCCCCUUCUCUUUUCAACUGCAUCUGAACACUAAGAACUUAAUUAAUUCAUCAAUCUCCUGUCUUGUAACCUGCGGUACUAAAUCAUCUUGUAUUGCGUUCACCCCUUUUAGUUCGAGCUGCUACCGCCUUGGCCAUCCAGCAGGCCCCGUCGGUAGUCCUCCACCAACACCACCGCCCCCCCUCUUACCUUAGUAACUUGUCCACCUUCUCUUACCUGCCUCUCUCUCACUUUUGGUGCCAAUCCCACCACUUCCCCUCAACCAUUCCCCUUCUUCCAUACUGUGGCGCAUAGUGUUGGAUUAUCUCAGAAAGGGAGGUUUGCUCCUCCUGAGCUAUACCCAUCAUGGCUGACAACGCACGCCACCCCAAUCUCAACCUCACCCCCGAAGAGAAGCGCGUCUUCUACCAGCUCUUCCAGGCUGCUGAUACCACUAACCUGGGCGUCAUCACUGGCGAAGUCGCAGUACCUUUUUUCGAAAAGACCCAAUUGGCUCCGGAAACCCUCGGCUUGAUAUGGCAGAUCGCGGAUAAGGAGAACCGGGGUCUAUUGACUCCCUCCGGCUUUGGUGUUGUUCUGCGCUUGAUCGGUCACGCUCAAGCGGGUCGCGCACCGACAGAGGAGCUGGCUUACCAGCCCGGUCCACUGCCGCAAUUCGACGGCAUUUCCGUCGAUGCCGCGCCCGCUCCGCCUACUCCGCGCGAGGCAGGCACCACCAGCCCAACCCCCGCGGCCGGUGGUCCUAUUCGUGUCCCUCCUUUAAACCCCGAGGACGUUAACAAAUUCCUAUCCUUGUUCGAAAAAUCAGACGUCGCUAGGGCCGGCGUCCUCUCAGGGGAUACGGCCAAACAAAUCUUCGAGCGUGCGCGGUUGCCGAACGAAAUCCUCGGCCGCAUAUGGAACCUGGCAGACGUGAGGCAACAGGGCGCUCUUGAUGCGACAGAAUUCGUCAUCGCCAUGCACCUUCUCACCUCAUACAAAUCAGGUGCAAUGAGGGGAAUCCCACAGACAUUGCCUCCGGGUCUGUAUGACGCAGCUUCGCGAAGAGGCUCGAUCCGCUCAUCGGUUGGCUCACGUCAGGGGUUGGACGUACCCCCUGUUCCUGCCAUCCCAAAACAGUUCACAGGGCCGCAGCGGACUCAAAGCCCGAUCAACCGGCCGUUCAGUUCGCCUCUUGCGGCUCAGUCUACUGGCGGGGAUUGGAUGAUCUCACCCCAAGAGAAAGCCAUGUUUGACAAUAUCUUUGCGACUGUCGACACCGCCAAAGUAGGGUCUGUAAGUGGUGACCAGGCCGUUGCGUUCUUCAUGGGAGCGCAAUUGCCAGAGGAGACACUUGCCCAAAUCUGGGAUCUUGCAGAUAUCGAUGCCGACGGACGGUUAACAAAGGAUGAGUUUGCCGUGGCUAUGUACCUGGUCCGACAACAGCGGACAGGCAAGAAUCCGCUGCCGCAAACCUUGCCCCCAGCUCUGAUUCCUCCCAGCAUGCGCCGUCCUGGAUCUGCCCACGUUGCUCCACCAGUUGCUGCACCCGCACAAGUGCCCGCUCCAGCUCCCGCCCCUGUCCCCAAAUCCGCAGCGGAUGACUUGUUCGGUCUAGACGCCUUCACGGCACCAGCACCGCCUAUUGCUCCUUCCCAGAGACCACAAUCAACGGGUGGUUCGAACGCAGCAUUCCAGACACCCAGCUCUCCUGGAUCUCGAACAUCCCCUCCAACGGCCUCCUCGACGUUCAAGCCGUUUGUGCCCACGUCUACGUUUGGCCAAAGCUUGCAGCCGCAGAUGACUGGUGCCUCCGCCGGCGCACCACCAACGAUCCGGUCACCACCACCCCCUGCUGAUGAUCUGUUGGGCGACAACGACCCGGAGGAGUCCAAGAAGUUGACGCAGGAGACUACAGAGCUGGCCAAUUUGUCUAAUCAGAUUGGAUCAUUGGCCAAUGAAAUGCAGAAUGUUCAGUCGAAGCGAACCUCAGCCGAGCGUGAUCUUUCCCAGACUUCCCAGCAGAAGCGUGACUUCGAGGCUCGCCUCGCUCAGGCUAGGGCAAUGUACGAGCAGGAAGUCAAGAACUUCAAGGCUCUUGAGGAGCGCUUGAAUGCCUCGAGAGCCGAAACAAGCAAACUGCAACAGGAGUAUGCUCUUCUGGAGGGAAGCCGGCAGGAUCUACAGAAUCAAUACAACCAGGUAUCGGCUGCUCUGGCAGCGGAUCAGCAAGAAAAUGCCAACUUGAAGGAGAAGAUCCGGGAAGCAAACGCUGCAGUUGCUCAGCUCAAGCCUGCCCUAGACAAGGCACGUUCGAAUGCGCGUCAGCAGAAAGGUUUGGUAGCAAUCAACAAGAAGCAGCUUGCAACCGUGGAAGGUGAGAGGGAUAAAAUAAAAGAGGAGAUUGAUACCCUCUCGCAGGAACAGUCGCGAGCACCCGAGGAGGGUGUAGCUGCUGCAAGCGAAGCUGCUGCUGUCAUGAGCCCCGCUGAGUCAACGAUGAGCCAGAACACAAAUCCGUUUUUCAAGCGCACGCCCACUGGCUCCAGCGAGAACAAUGCACUGUCACCUCAGAUCUCGAAUGACCAACAGCGUGCAUUCGACAGCCUCUUUGGUACCUCCUUCGUGUCUCCGACUACAGCUGCAACUCCGCCACCGCCCGUGUCAUUCCGGGCUGAGUCGCAGCCGACCUCGGGCAUUCCCACCCCGUCGGUUUCUCUGCCCCCUUCUGUAGGUACUGCUGCAUUUGAACCGCCUGCGCUUUCUCAAUCGAGGCAGCUCACUCCAAAUGUGCUGCCCUUCGGCGAAGAUCACUCAGUGACCUCUUCCACGAGGGUCUCGCCACCUGGUAGUAGGUUCGGUGGUUUUGACACAGCCAGCGAAGCGGCAGGUCCUACCCCAACAGAACCCACGAAAUCAGUGCCUUCGCCAUUUGACGAAAUUGAGGAGCCCAAGGAACGCUUCCCUGAAUUGUCUGACAUCGCUGAUCACACCCCCGCAAGUGCUGAUUCAGCUACGUCUGAUGAGAACGCUGGAGAAAAGAAGGAUCUGAGUUUCGAUGAGCUGUUUGGUGGACCAGCACAUAAGCGCUCUCAGUCUCAGAAGGAGCAUGAUUUUGAAGAGGCCUUCGCUGCCAUGAAGCAUGGUCCUGGAUCAAAUAAGACCAACGGUGCAGCACCCGUUUCCCAGUCGGAGUUCCCUCCGAUUCGCGAGCUCGAUGAUGGAGACGAAAGCUCAGACAGCGAAGCACCGAUGGGCUUCGAGGACGAUUUUGCUCCCGCUUUUCCCCCUCAGAGCCAGAUAGGAGGAGAGCCUAAGCCCGACGCUCUUGAAACCCCCCAGCUGGCGGCUUUCCCUCCACCGGGCGCUGCUACCACUCCGAGUGAGCCACCAGCUGCGGAGGCUCAGCGUAGCCCUCCAAAUUACGAGGAUAGUGUGGGAAAGCAAGAACCAGGAAGUGUCCCCCCUGAGUUUAACGGACUAUUGCCAAGUCGCGAAGACCCAACAACUGCUGCUGAUGCCCCUCACUCAGUAGAGUCAAGCACCGGGGCCCCGAUUAUUGGAGGUGAGCCCCAGCGAGAUACUCGUGAGGAAGCCAAGGCCGCUCCCCAGGAAGCCAAGCCCAACGCUCCUGAUUUUGAGGCUGCGUUCGCAGGACUCAAUUUGGCCCCUGCAAAGGAGGCAGAGGACGACGAGGACGACUUUGAGACCGUGGAGAAUAAGGAUAACAUGGACUUCGAUUUCUCCUUCGACAACCCGACCCAGAAGGCGCCACAAAACGCCGCUACCUCUUCGGAUUUCUUUGAUUUCAACAAGAAUGCCACUGCCUCGUCUCCCGGGUUCGCGGCUACUUCUCCUGACACCAACGCCCAAGCACAAACGCACAAUUGGGAAGAGCUCUUCGCUCCUCUUGAUAAUGCCAACACAUCAGCGGGUGGAGCCAACGGCUCUACAAACGCCAAUGACAAUGCUCAAGCCGGCAAGCCACCAGGAUGGGCUCUUCAGACCGGCACCGAGGAUGACCAGAUUCUUCAACGCUUGACCAACAUGGGAUUUCCCCGCGAAGAAUCUCUCGCCGCUCUCGAAAAGUUUGACUAUAACAUUGACAAGGUACGCUAUUGCUUGCCCCAAACUAGUUUGUUACCAGUGGUACUAACACGAACUCUUUCUCUCACGCAGGCAGUCGACCACUUGACCUCCAAAGCCUAAUAUCCCAUUUACAUCCAGAACCGGAUCCUUCAUAGUGCACAUAGUCCCUUGUCCUUAGCCUU